AAGCAACGGGAUCAUGUUACUCAAAUGCGCAGCCUUCUUUUCCGCCAUGUAAUGAAGCAGAAGCGCAUGAAAAAGAUCAAGUCCAAAACCUAUCACCGCUUAAAGAAUAAGGAUAAACUGAAAGUGGAAUCUGCAGAAAUGCUGAUGGAUCCAGAGGCAGCCAAAGAGCAGGCUAGGAAGCAAGAGUUCAAACGGGAUGAGGAGCGAAUGACUUUGAAGCACAAAAAUAAGUCAAAGUGGGCAAGGCAUAUUUUGGAAGGAGGUUUGAAUGCCCAGGAUGAAGGUACUCGAGCGGCUAUGGCUGAACAGCUACACCGACAUGCUCUUUUGACAAGAAAAAUUGACACUGUUAAGGACAGUAGUAGUGACGACAAUGAUGAGGGUUCAAACGAGGAUAGGGCAUCGGAGUUGCUAGGAAAAGCAAAAGACAAAACGCUGAAAGUAUUAGAAGACGAUGAAGAAUUGCCUAAUUCUGGACUUUUUUCCUUUUAUGUUGUUCAGCGUUUAAACUCAUAUAUUCCUGUAUAUCGAUAUUAA